CAGCUUUGUCUUGCAGACUCCACUUUGUUGCAAAGAAGAGCCUGCCUGUCCUUGCUUGGCCGCUCCAUGACUCGAGCGGCGAGUGCAGGCUUUUAGUACUGAGGUAGUACACGUACACUAGUAGCAGGCAUAUCCUGCCCUACCACCAAAGGCAAGGCACCUUAGAGGUACUACUGAGCCUGGGAGCCUCAAGGCACCUGUGGCUAGAGGUGGUGGUUGCCUACCAGAUUUAGUGCUGCUCGCGCCAGCUCAAUCCCUCGUCUCUUACUUCACAAGCCCUCACCAUUAUCUUCACGCCUCCCUCGCCGCGUUUGGCGGCAAGACGCCUGCAUAAAGAGGCCAGAAAGGCGCGGUAAACCGAGCUUCAAGUCAACGAGUACAAGGUGGCGAGGGCUAGAAAGGCGCCCUUCAUUCGUACUUCAUCGAUAGCCUCUCAUCAAACCGGAAUCGAGGUGCCGUCUCAGGACAUCCGCUCGAUAUGGGCGCGUCCCAGUCCUCUUCUCAGCAGGGAGCAAACGCCGCCACAGCUAAGAUAUGCUACUAUGAGCUUCUCGGCGUGGAUCGCGAAGCGAGCGACAAUGAUAUCAAAAGGGCGUAUCGCCGAAAGGCGCUCGACCUUCACCCAGACCGCAACUUGAACGAUGUAGAAGCGGCGACAAAGAAAUUCGCUGAGGUGCAGUCCGCGUACGAGGUCCUCUCCGACCCUCAGGAGAGGGCUUGGUAUGACUCUCACCGAGACGCCAUCUUGAGUGGCCACGACGACCUCACUGAUGGUGCUGCGCCAACGACAUUCCGCAAUGUCCGCCUGACAACGACCGACGAGAUCCUCAGUCUCAUGCGGAGAUUCAAUUCUACAGUGUCCUUCAGUGAUGAGCCGACGGGCUUCUUCGGCAUCGUGCGCGAGACAUUUGAGCACCUCGCCCUCGAAGAAGAGACAGCGGCCGAGUUUGAGGGCCUGAACAUCCCCGACUAUCCGACUUUCGGCUCCUCUGACGAUGACUAUGAUCAGGUUGUAAAAGUUUUCUAUGUCUCCUGGUCCAGCUUCUCUACGAAGAAGACGUUUUCUUGGAAAGAUAGACAUCGCCUGUCGGAUGCCCCUGACAGGCGAACACGUCGACUCAUGGAAAAGGAGAACAAGAAAAGCCGCGAGGACGCCAUACGCGAGUUCAACGAUGCCGUCAAAUUUCUUGUUGGGUUUGUCCGGAAACGCGAUCCUCGCUACUUGCCCAAUGUGCAGACUGAGGCAGAGCGCCAGAAGGCAUUACGAGAUGCGGCGGUGGCCCAGGCGGCUCGGUCCCGAGCCGCGAACCAAGAGCGGAUGGCCGACUACAAUGUCCCAGACUGGGCGGGACCACGCUGUGAUGCCGCAGAAAACCACGUCUUCUCGGAAUCAUCUGGCGAGGAUUCUGAGGUCCAACUUCUUGAGUGUAUUGUUUGCAACAAGACUUUCAAGAGCGUUCAACAGCUGGCGGCCCACGAGCGUAGCAAAAAGCAUAUCAAGGCAAUGCAACAACUGCGGCGCCAAAUGGAAAAGGAGGGUGCCGAUCUGGAUCUAACUCCUGACACCUCUCAUGACCCUGGGCGAGAUGGGAGUCGCAGCACCGCCGCCUCAAAAAUAAGAGAACAAGGAGAAAACGGCAAGGACAUCGAUGAAUCUGCGAUCGACAGCCACGUCAAACUCCAUGAUAAGGACGCUUCAACAACCUUGGCAUCGUCUGAGAGCUCGUCGUUGCCGCCAUCCGGUGACGAAGACUAUGCGCCUAGGGUCAUUGUCGAAGAGCGACUUGCGCCGACUGUUGGGGGAGGGGGGGAUUCCACCCGCUCGACGCUGGAUAUCAACGACGACAUAGUGAACUCGACCCAUCACAUGUCGCUCACCGAGGACGCGAUUGGCCAAGUCAAAGUUGGCAAGGCCAAGGCGAAAAGGGCAAGGAAAGCAGCAGCCCGCUCCGGGGGCGCAGCUACUGAGCACCAAUGUUCCGUCUGUCGGGGUCAUUUCGAGUCCAGGACAAAGCUUUUCAGACAUAUCCGAGACCAGGGCCAUGCUGCACCAGGGUCGCACGGCACAGACUCCUCCAGCAAGGUAAGGGGGAAGAAGGGAACGUAGAGCGAUACCAAUUUUCAGCUGGCUAGUAAUACCCCGGGUAGUUGACUAGGCGAACAAUUCAAGUCGCCCUGGUAUCUGGAACAACCGCGAAUGCAAAAUUAGGCCAACACGGCCAGCACCCGACACCAGACGCCGAUACACGUAUGCACGUGUAGGAAGACAGCUCUACACUGUGGAAAUCGUUCCGUCAUCCUCUUCAUCACUGAAUGGCUCCACUUCAUCGAUCGCGGCUCUCCUCUGGCCGAGCGGGGCCUGCGUUACCGGGUCGCAAUCCGCAACCUGGAUGAUGGCUUUCCCCUGGACGUGCUUUACGCACCGUCUCCAGUCCGACCAAUCCUCUUCGCUCCGAAUAAGAAAGCCGAUCAGCAUGCUGGGGUCGACUUCCCGAAUGUGAAUUCUGCGCAAUCGAGUGGUGUGGCACGACUCAAUUUCGUCACCGGUAUAUUGGUUGGUAUCGGCGUGAUAUGGUAGGGCCGGCCGUGUGUGGUGGGGAUCCAAGUAGAACAGAUACUGGCCUUGAGCGCCUACGAAGUAGUGAGAGGACGAUGGUCGACCGCUGCAUGGCUAGUGUGUCAGGAGUGAACCGGAAAAAGAGGUACGCUCAAAUCACUUACCCAGCGAUGCCAACGGACUGGGGCAUUUG